AUGUCUCGUCUCGCCCUCAUCGCGGCCAUCAUCUCCACCCUCACCAGCGCCGCCUUCGCCGUAGUAUGCACCCAAGCCGAAACCUACUGCGGCUCCCGCCUCCUCAAGCUCGGUUGGUAUCCCUUCAUCAAAUCUUCUGAUCUCUAUGACACAAACAACCGUAAGGCGAUUGAAGGCGCUCUGACAUCGGGCAGGCAGUCCAUCGACGACACGCACGUCAAUCAGUCCGUCUUCUGGUGCGCGCCGGCAGGCGUCCCCGUACCGGGCGACUCGGGUCUCCUCUUUGUGACUUACUGCGGUCCCGAGAACGUCUGCCAGGAAGGCGGAGCGCUCGGGGGCGUCGGGGAUGCUUGCGCGGCGUCUACGGGUGGCGGGCUUAACCAUCGGCGCCAUCACCAUCACCAUUGA